GAUAACGAGCCACUGCUUUUCCUUUAUUAGUAGGUCAGAGAGCUUUGCCUGGUGCCCCAGGAUCCAGCCCCCCACACCCUCCAGUGUGCACCCAGGCCAUCCUUUCCUGCUUGUGACACUCCUUGGCAUCCGUUCUGCAGGAGAAUGAACCCUCUGUGCUCUUACAUGUGUUUUGCCAGCAAACACUUAUCUCAGCGGCCAACUGUCUUCCUCCUCCAAAAAAUCCACAGGCAGAGCCAGCCCCUAACAAGGGGUUGCUUUGGUCAGCCCGCUGUUUGUCCUGGGGCUCCUGCCUCCUCUGUGGGGCAGCACUGGUCACCUUAAGUUCUCAGGCCACCUCUGGUCAGUGAGUUCAAAGAUUAGAGAAACCACCUCCUGUCCCAGAGUCCUCAAGGCCUGGGCUUCCUAACAUCUCCCGGGGCCCCUGGUUCCUGGAUCCACAGGUCCCUGCUGCUGCCGCCGCUGCUGGUCCUGCCCUCGGCCCCCUUCUUUCCAGAUCGGACCCCAGGGCCUUCCGAGCCCGAGGCCCCGCUGGUGGCUAGGUCUAGACUCAGGGUCCUUCCGCAGACUGAGAGCCGCCGCAGCACCUCGGAGGCGGCCUCCACCGGCACGGCGGGGCGCUGCUCCAGCAGCAUCUCCAACAGUGAGCUCAUCUCCGACAGGAAGGUGCUAGCCAGCCGCGUGCCCGUCGGGCUCAGCUCGGGCCCCGGCGCCUUGCCGAACGUCUGGAAGGUCCUGGGCUCCUCCGAGGUCGCAGCGUCCGGGGAGAACACGUUGUCACGGUAGUUGGUGGCGAGGGGCAAAGAGAGUCUUGCCAUCCAGGCCGGAUCGGGGACGCUCAGCCGGUCCAGGGCCAGGCCUGCAAGGGGCGGAAGAGACGCGCUCCUCAGAAAAUUAAAUGUCGUCAGAAGACCGAGAAGCUCAGGAGGAUGAAUUGCUGGCCCUGGCGAGUAUUUAUGAUGGAGAUGAAUUUAGAAAAGCAGAGUCUGUCCAAGGUGGAGAAACCAGGAUCUAUUUGGACUUACCACAAAAUUUCAAGAUAUUUGUGAGCGGCAAUUCAAAUGAGUGUCUCCAGAAUAGUGGCUUUGAAUACACCAUUUGCUUUCUGCCUCCACUUGUGCUGAACUUUGAACUGCCACCAGAUUAUCCAUCCUCCGCCCCACCUUCAUUCACACUUAGUGGCAAAUGGCUGUCACCAACUCAGCUGUCUGCUCUCUGCAAGCACUUAGACAACCUGUGGGAAGAACACCGCGGCAGCGUGGUCCUGUUUGCCUGGAUGCAGUUUCUUAAAGAAGAGACCUUAGCGUAUCUGAAUAUUGUCUCUCCUUUUGAACUCAAGAUGGGUUCUCAGAAAAAAGUUCAGAGGAGGAUGGCUCAAGCUUCUUCCAACACAGAGCUAGAUUUUGGAGGAGCUGCUGGAUCUGAUGUAGACCAAGUGGAAGUUGUGGACGAGAGAGCCGUGCAGGAUGUGGAAUCGUUGUCCAGUCUGAUCCAGGAAAUCUUGGACUUCGAUCAGGCUCAACAGAUAAAAUGCUUUAAUAGUAAAUUGUUCCUGUGCAAUAUCUGCUUCUGUGAGAAGCUGGGUAGUGAGUGCAUGUACUUCUUGGAGUGCAGGCAUGUGUACUGCAAAGCCUGUCUCAAGGACUACUUUGAAAUCCAGAUCAGAGAUGGCCAAGUUCAGUGCCUCAACUGCCCAGAACCCAAGUGCCCUUCAGUGGCCACGCCUGGUCAGGUCAAAGAGCUAGUGGAAGCAGAGUUAUUUGCCCGUUAUGACCGCCUUCUCCUCCAGUCUACCUUGGACCUGAUGGCAGAUGUGGUGUACUGCCCCCGCCCAUCCUGCCAGCUGCCUGUGAUGCAGGAGCCUGGCUGCACAAUGGGCAUCUGUUCCAGCUGCAAUUUUGCCUUCUGUACUUUAUGCAGAUUGACCUACCAUGGGGUUUCUCCAUGUAAGGUGACUGCAGAGAAAUUAAUGGACUUACGAAAUGAGUACCUGCAAGCAGAUGAGGCCAAUAAAAGGUUUUUGGAACAGAGGUAUGGUAAGAGGGUGAUUCAGAAGGCACUGGAAGAGAUGGAAAGUAAGGAGUGGCUAGAAAAGAACUCAAAGAGCUGCCCAUGUUGUGGGACUCCCAUUGAGAAAUUAGAUGGAUGUAACAAGAUGACAUGUACCGGCUGUAUGCAGUAUUUCUGCUGGAUUUGCAUGGGUUCUCUCUCCAGAGCAAACCCUUAUAAACAUUUCACUGAUCCUGUUUCCCCAUGUUUUAACCGGUUGUUCCAUGCUGUGGAUGUUAAUGGAGUUAUUUGGGAAGAUGAGUUUGAAGACUAGUUAACUUCUGCUGCUCAAGAUAUGGAAGUGGAAUGGUUUGCCCUAAUCUUUUGUCAAGUAUACAGACUCACUUCGCAGGAUAUUUAGGGUACCAUUGAUUCCCUCUUCCUGUGUAGAAGAUAUGGAAGAACAAGUUUAAUAUUUUCAUGUGGUACUACUGAUUAAGGCACAUUCAGACAUUUUUCAUUGCAACAUGAUUGAGGAAAUAUUAAGCCAAAGGUUCCGAAAAUGAAAACUAGAAAAUAUUAGUAUUACAAUGUGCCCAAAGCUUUGAGUAGUUAAAAAUUAAAUAUUUAUUUUCUUCUCCAAGCUUUAGGUAAGGAGAGAGGGGUCAAGAGUUAAGCUUAUAGUCCUUUUUAUCUCUGAGAAACAUCCCUCUAAGACAUUCUGUGGGAGCUCCCUCAGUAGUACUGCUUACAACUGGGGUGGGUAGAAGCCUUAUUAAAAUUGUACCGAGAGCCUGAUGUUAUUUACUUCAUGUUACAUUCUUUCCAACCUGAAUUACUGCUAAAUUUUCUUUGGAGGAAGCCCUUUACUCUAUGACUGAUUGGCUGGCCCAGUGUCAUUUUGAUCUGAUUUUCAGAAUAGAAAUUUAUAGAUAAUUUUAAAAAUAUUUUUUGAUACCACAAACACUGUGGGUCACCUGAUAUAUUUAUUAGUGGUCUAUAGUCCACUGGUUUUGAGCCAAGUCUAGAAUUUAUUGAUACUGGCUCAGAAGAAUUUCAGCCCUAUUCAACUUUCCAGUUUCUUCUAGGCAGUAGAGCCUAGAUUCAGAACAACUUGUCUUCUGUUCAGCAUUCUUUCUGUUGACUCUUUCCCUGCUUUUCAUUGGUAAGGACAAUUUUAAUAUUAGCUCCAGCAGCUCAUAUUUCUGUUUCCUCUGCUGGGAUAGGAGAAAGCCUAAUACGUUCCCAAGACGAACAAGCUGAACUUUUUUUUUUUUUUUUUUUUUGCGAUACACGGUCCUCUCACUGUUGUGGCCUCUCCCGUUGCGGAGCACAGGCUCCGGACGCGCAGGCUCACGGGCCCAGCCGCUCCACGGCAUGUGGGAUCUUCCCAGACCGGGGCGCAAACCCGUGUCCCCUGCAUAGACAGGCGGACUCUCAACCACUGCGCCACCAGGGAAGCCCGCAAGCUGAACUUUAAUUAUCUGUGUUUUGAACACUGUACCACCAUAGUUCCAGUCCUAACUUUCUGAAUUCUUUUUAAAGGGCUUCUCUAAUGAGCUAUGGAAAUUUGUCUUCCUAUCCUUUUUUUUUUUUUUUUUUU